AUGCCGAAAGUGAUAGAGGAACUUAAAUUGUUCUUGACAAAUUUAUCAAAAGGGUCCGAUACAGUUGACACUAGUGAUUUACUAAGCUCAGGUGUGGCUGAUGAAUCAGUUAUUUUGAACAUUAAAGAGAAGCUUGGGAAUAGCCCUUGGAAUAUACAAAAAUUAAUAGACCUUGGAAUUGGAAUAAUUGAAGAAAAAGGGAAAAAGGAAAAUUAUGAAAAAAAUUACGAAGAACAUUAUGAAGAAAGUUAUGAAGAAAAUUAUGAAAGUGAGGAAGGAAAAGAAAAUGAACUUGAACAUGAACACUAUAGUAGUGAUGAUCUAAUAUCAGAGGUUGAAAAAAUGAGUAUAUGUGAUAGUGAUAUGGAAUAUCAAAAAAAAUUGACAGAAAAAGAGGAGAUAAAAUAUAUAAAUGAAUCAUCUCGUGAAUAUGGCGACCCGAUUGAUGAUAAUUUAAAAUUUAUAUCAUAUGAACAUGCAGAAGAAAUGCUAAAAUUGAUGAUACAAGAUAGUUAUAUAAAUAUACAUCCAAUUGCUAAAGAGUUUAUUUUAUUAAUAACUUUUGUAUUUAAUUGUAUAAGAAAAGAAUGUUGUAAAAGCAGUUCUAUAAAUUUUGAGCAAAACAUCCUGUCUAAAAAGAAGAAUAUCAAAAUGAAUAAUAAUGAUGAACGGGAAAAUAAUGCAAGAAAAAAUAUGAACAAAAAAAAAAAUCUCAUAAAAUUUAUGAACAAGCUAGGUAAACAAAAUAAUAUUUUUUUUAAAAAAAAAAAAAAAUCACCAGAAAAAAAUAAAAUUAAAAUAAAUACUAUCAGUAAUAGGAAUUAUGGUAAUGCUCAUUUAAAAGAGAAUACUAUGUCUAAAAAUGGUAAUUAUAAUCGUAAUGAUUCAAGAACAAAUUUCAUGAAAUAUAUUUACAACAAUUCAAGAAAUAAUAAUUACCAAAGCGAACUUAGUAAAUCAAACAUAUUUACUUCAUAUAACUCUGAAGCACAACCUCAAGAAAUUGAUAGUAUAAGCAAGGGCAUGUUUGAUAUAAAUGCAAUGUCACACAUAGACAAUAUAAAUAAAGGAAAUAAUUAUGAACGUGCUAGCAGUAAUGAUAAUAAUUAUGAAAAUAAUUAUGGCAGUAAUAAAUGGAAAAAUGAUAACUGUUUAAAAGAUAGCACAUUCUUAAACCUUCUCGAAUCAGAGAGCUGUGAAUAUAAUGUAGACGAUAUAAAACAUGCUUUUAGUCAAGAAAAUAUGAACAAAGUGUGUGCAAUUUUUUAUAAACACCUGAACAAAGUCAGGAAAAUGGAUGAUGAUGAGCUAGCUAAAAAAAAUAUAAAUAUUAUAAUGAUACUUUUUUACUUAACGAACAGGUAUUUUGGAAUUUAUUUUUUAAAAACUAUUAAUAUGUAUGUCGAUCUAUAUUAUAUUAAUAAACAAUUUAAAGAAUAUAAAAAUAAAAAUGAAAAUAUAAAAAAUAAUCUUAGUAAUAAAAUAGACAAAUAUUUAGAGCAAUUAAAAAUAAGCGAACAACAUGUAGAAGAAUUUGAAAACUUUAAGUUAAAUUAUACAGAGUUAAAAAAAGAAAAUGAAAAAUUAAAAAAUGGUAAUAAUAUAAUUCAAAAAUUAAAAAAAAAAAUUAAUAUUAUAGACAAUGAAAAAUUAAUGAUAAUAAAAGAGAAUGAAAAAUUAGAGUUGAUCAUUAAAAAAAAAAAUAUAUUAAUUGAAAAUAAUAAAGCAAUAGAAAAAGAAAGAAAAGAUGAAAUAAGUAAAGCAAAUAAUAAAAGAACUAAACUUGUCCUAAAAAAACAUUUCCCUUUAUCAGCUAAAAAUAUAUUUAACACAUCAAUAUCUACUAUUACCACCAAUAAUUACAAUAGUAAUAAUAUAAACAAGCAUACCGAAUUAGUAAAUAAAAGUGUAGAACAUGGGAAAAUAUCUAACAAAAUAAUAGGAGGGAAUGUAUUAGAAAAGUUUUUUGAAAAAACACAUCAAAAAGGUAUAACCAAGCAAGAGAAAGGAACACAAACAACAGGGAGCUCCAUUAUAUAUAAAGACGAAUUGCUGGCUUAUCAAAAUUCAAAAUCAACACAAGAACCGUAUAUAUUCACAAGUCAUAAAAAAGAAAAAAAACAUGAUGUGUGCAUAUUAUGUGAAAACAAAAAAAAUUAUAAAAUGUUGCAACAAAAUAAUGAACAGUUAGAAAUUCAUAACUUGGAAAAAAUAGAACAAUCCAGAAUAAUUUCAACAAGUUCCUAUCCAAUAAAAAGCGAAAAAUUGUCAAACAAACAUGUAGAAACAUUAGAAAUAAGUAACGAAUUUGGGAGCAUACCAAACUAUAAAAGUAUACUAAGGUACCAAACCAUAAAUUAUUGUUUCCAUUUUUCAUUGUUUUGUAAAAAAAAUAAAAAUAAAAUUUUAAUUAAAAAUUUUAAAAAAUAUACAAUUUGCCUAAAUCCACCAAAUAUGGGGAUACAAGAUAAUAGUUACUAUAACAUAAUUGACAUGAACAAAAAAUUAUUAAUAGAAAAUAUAUUUUAUUUUGUAAUAAAUAAUAUUUCAUUUUUUGGCGAAUUUUUAUUUAAUUUAGAUUUACUUCAUGCUUGUUUGAAGUAUUUUUCGAGUACUUUCACUGAUAAUAGUAGAAACUUUACUAUUAGACAUAAUUUAAUAUAUAAUGAAAUAAAUAAUUAUGUUGUGCCAUUUAUUAAUUACUUUUUAAAUAUAUAUAUGUGUGUAUAUAAAAUAAAAUAUAGCAUAUAUUGUUCCUACAAAGAAUAUCCUCAUUGUUCUGAUUCAAAUCAUAUAACCAAUUUAUUUAAUUCAUAUUAUUUUUCUAAUGAAUAUUUUAUCGAACAAAAAUGUAAUAAAUACGCUUCUUUUUUGGAAACAGAUUUAAGCGAAAUUUCAAAUGCAGACAAAAUUGUAGAAAAUGGAGAAUGGGAAUAUUAUAACAUACUUAGCAUAAUUCUAUUCAAUGAAAUAAAAAAGAAAGACAAUGAAAAAAAUAAUUAUAACAAGCCAAAUAAUCUAAAAUGCUGCAAUAAUAAUCUUUUAUUUGAUAUAAAUAAUUUUACAAUCAAUCUUACCAAGCAUGAACAGAGUACCUAUGAGUAUUAUAAAAAUAAGUAUUUGCAAAAAAAAGCAUAUAUGUACAACGAAAUGGAUAAAAUGUGUAAAAUUUGGAUGAAUGACAAGAAAAAUAAAAAUAUAAAAUCGAUAAACCAAUUUAGUCAUGAAUUAAGCUCUAAAGAAAAUGAUCUACAUUAUCAGAUCCAUAGUAAGAAUAUCUUUAUUCCCAAAUUUGCAUUUUUAAAACCCAAAAAAUGGAAUAUAAAAUGGAAAAAUAUGAGAAAAUAUAUUCAAAAGAUAAAGAUGAAUAAAAAAGAUCUGAACAAAAUAGCUAAACAAAGUGAUAAACUUUUUGAAAUAAAUUCAAAUAAGUAUAUUUCAAAUUUACAAUUUUCAAACUUUUAUAUAAAUAUAAAUGGACAGACAACAUUUAAAGUUUCAAACUUCAAUUGCUUAUGUCAUUUUUUUAAUUUUUUUAACAAAAAUAAUAAUAUUUAUUUGAAAAAACCAAAAAAAGUUGCACACAAAAAUGUUAAAAAUAUUAUGAACGGCAAUAAUAAAAGUGUUAAAAAAAAAAAAAAUUCUGACAAAGGCAUAAAUACUAAUUAUUCGAAUUAUUUAUUACUAAGUAAUUUUAUUCAUUUUUUGUCCCUAUUUGUUCCUUUUGUUUUUAUAUUUUUGCUUGAUAUAUAUAUGUUAAAUAAUUCUAUAUUUUCCUUCUUUACAUAUCUUGUAUUUUUUUUUACAUUUAUUGGAACUUUACUAUUAAGGAGCAUACUAUAUAUAGUUAGUAUUCCUUUGCAUAGUAAAAUAGAUAUACAAGAUUCUUUGGAUUAUUUUUCAGUUGCUUUUAUACAAAUAAUAAAUUAUGUUCAUACCUUUUUUUAUCAAUAUGAGGAUCUUAUAGAAUAUAUAUAA